AUGCUUAGUCCGGUGGCAGUUGGAGGUCGCAGUUGGGUGUCAGUGGCGGUGGUGCUGGGGUCUUGUUUCCGGUUCGAGACGGCGGAGGAGGCGAUGCGGCGGGCGGAUUCGAACGUGCGGCUUGUGGGUUGGUGGAGUUCGAAUCCAGAGGCGGAGCGGCGGGUUUUGCGAAGUGAGUGGGAAAGUGCGUUGCUGUUUACAGUGAACUCGACGGGGCCAAAUGUGUGUCUGCCGGCUGUCCGAUGCGCGGUGCGGCAUGAGACGCUGGAGAUGGAGCCGAUGGCGCUUGACGCACUGGCGACCGACGCGUUAGGGACGGGGGUGCGAUUGCGAUAUCGAGUGCCACAAGCGGAAGUUCCAAUGGGUGCCCACGGCUUCUGGCCGCAUCUUCAUGACUGGGCCUGGAUUGCGCGACACGGUCGAUGGUUCGAACUACAGACUACCGACGGUUCCGUUCCCGACCUGCAAGGCAAACUCGGCAAACUUGUCAAAGACAUCAUCUUCCUCAACGCUGAACCACUACACCUCCGCCCCUCCCAGUGCGGUAUCGACCUCGUACUCGGCGUGGCGCGAGAGAUGCUCGCACUAUAUCUCCAACACGACACUGUGCAGGCCUGGCUUCAUGACUACGAAUAUGAUCUCAUGGAAGAUCUCAUCUGGGCCAGCCUCUGCCACCCGCCUCAAACCGGCACCGACGCCCCAGCAGACACCGACUCCCAGGACGAGAAAUCAAACACGGACCGCCCUUCGGACAAGGACACCCCGCCCCCCCGUUCCCUGCCGCGUUGGUCGCUCACGGAAGAGCUGGUCGCGCUCCUAAACCGCAAUCGCUCGCCCUUGCAGUUGCUGGAGGAAUUAUUCGACUUGGGUCUGGAGAUGCAAGACGCUUUGGAAGUCGCACUCAUCGCGGUGCAAAAGGGCGCCGCGGAGACCAUUGAGCUACUCCGGAAACGCGACAGUGGCCGCUGGUGUGUGGAAGACAUCUCGGACUACUCAGCCCGGAAUACGGCCGAAGGCCCCCACAGUCCGGAACCCCUCAAUCCGGAACCCCUCAAUCCGGCACCCCUCAAUCCCGUACCCCUCAAUCCCGUACCCUGCCGUCCGGCCCCUUACCGUCCGGCCUCUUACCGUCCCGCUUCCUACCCCUGCGUUCGUGGUUUCUAUUUCCACGGUCUGUAUUACCCCCACCAUAUCCCCGUCGUCGACCCCCAUGAUUCCCCGAGUCGUGGCCCCGACCUCCCCUGUCGUGGUCCCGAUCUCGCUAGUCGUGGUCCGGAUCUCCCUAGUCGUGGUUCCGACCUCCCUGGUCGUGGUUCCGACCUCCCUGGUCGUGGUCACGGUCCCGACGUCCCCAGCCGUGCUCCCGGCCUCCCUAGCCGUGGUCCCGACCUCCCUGGUCAUGGUCCCGGUCCCGACCUCCCUAGCCGUGGUCCCGCCCUCUCUAGUUGUGGUCCUAGUCCCAACCUCCCUAGUCGUGGUCCCGGUCCCGACCUCGCCAGUCGCGG